AUGACGUCCUCGCCGGCCAAUCCCACCUAUGCUUGCUCUUGCCUCAAUGUGAAGAUAUUCCCAAAGGAAUCGGCAACAUCUCCGCAAAUCAAUCAAGAAAGGACGCAAUUCUCGUCUGAAAUAUCUACAAAAGCGUCUCCGGGAUGGGUGAAUGUUAGCAUUGACGAGAAAAGCGUGCGCAUUGUCCACGACCACCUAACGCUCAAGACUCGAUCGCCAGAAAGCGGAGUUCAGCUCCUCUGUCGUCUAUGCAACACUCUUGUAUACCGUCAAAUGGACGAAAAAGAUACCCUAUCGUCUCCAUCUUCCGCUUCGACAAACACGCCCACGCCACCACCCGCUGUUACAGGCAACCCCAUGUCGCUCGCACGAGAACGACCGGAUUUCAAGAUUUUGUUCGAGAGAGAUCGUCAAACAUGGAUACAGGUCUUUAUCGGCAAGCAAGGCUGCAUCACUGGUGCUCAACUGGAUUCCGCUCUCAAGAACGCUUCGGCAAUAUUUGGGCUUGUAGUUCCAUCCAACAACGAUGCACUGAGUCCCUCUCCAACUCCGCCCACGCGCAACGCUCCACUUCCGUCAACAACUAUGCCGCCUCCAAUGUCCGCACUAUCCAGCUCGCUUCUUACAACGACCAUGUCGUCCCAACAACAACAGCAGCAGACUCAAAGUCAACCACUCUUGAACCUUCCAGAGUUGUUUCCUCCACCCCCAUUCACGCCCUCACACCCACUCUUCGUUAACCUUGCCAAGGAUGCCAAAAAGGCUUCGAAGGCCGCCCGAGACGCCGCGGAAGCCGAAAUUGCUCAGUAUAUCGAAGCCAAAAGGCGGGAAUUGAUCGAGUACGAGGCUAACCUCAAGAGACAAACGAAUGCGAUUUGGAGAACGUGGAGAGACUCAGUCAACAAUGACCAGCAGCUUCCUCUCAGCAUUCCACCGACUCCUAACACGAGCGAACCCGUUGCUCCGCCAAUGGAUCCCCGGAAGCAACCCAAGCGUCUUUCGUCAUCUGCAUCGACAUCGAAGACGACGUCUAGAGCGGCAACCGUGAUUCGAUCUUUCCAGGAAGAACCCGUAGAUGCUUCACAACAAGCCGCCAAUUCCAUCGAAGCCUCUUCAGUUUCACCUUCCAAUGCGACUCCUCGCCCUCAUCCACAGAUGUCUGCCCUCGGAACGUCACUUCGACAAACCGCUAUGCUCUAUCCAUCGGGAAGGAGAGCAGCAAGCCCAUCACCGCCGAUAGAACAAGACAACGGAACGUUUGAGUCGGCAUUCAUGGACAACUUCGAGGGUGAUAGGCCUUCAAAGAAGAUUCACACCAAGGAGAAGGCUAGAAGGGAGCCAGGGCUUGAUGAUGAUCUCUCUUUAUCGCCGAAGAAACCAAGACCAAGCGCCAUGAAGCGUGUAUCGAUUGGCGGUGCGCAAUCAAUUGAUGGCGAGUCACCAGAAAGUACGGACGCAGAUGGUGGUACUUCUGGAGGCGGUAGCAAGCGAAAGGCUGUCAAGUUUAGCAGCGACGCCCCGGAUGUUGUUACUGUUACACGAGAGAUCAAGUCGGAAAAGUUGCAGAAGAUCAAGGAGGAGCAUGCACGUGGCGAGGAGGCCAUCUUUGAUCUCGACGGGGACGAACACGACGAACCAAAACCACCGUCGUCUCCUGAGCCUGUUCCAGAGAGAGGAGCCAACUUGGUGGAGGAAAGAGGCCAAGCUUCCACCCAGGAACCCCGGCCUGUUACCCUCUCCUUUAAGCUACCAUCGUAUCUAGACAAUGGCCGACCCUCUCGCAAAAUCGAGUAUACCAUGGCCCGAAGUCUCCCCGCAACUUCAGUUUUAUCGUCCAUGAAAGGGCGGGAUAGCGAGGAAGUGGGCAGCCUUGGUCUCGACAUCAACUCUAGUAGCCUAGCGCGGACAAGGAAAGCAAAGCACGGGGAAAGCUCCUCCCAGUCCCCAUACGCUGGAGAGUUGCGCAGGAUCAUGGCUGCUCAAACCCCGACACAUCGUUCUGCAUGGAGAACAGGAAGCUUUGAGCCUGGUUCCCGUAUGGGCGGUGGAUCGAGGUCUCGCGGCGUCAAUGGUUAUACCUCACGUACAGCGGCGCUCAAACGCGACUCGGACGACAAUGCUUCUUCCGACGAGGAGAGCGACGACGAUACAUUGGAUAUGACCGGCAGGCAGCGGGAUGCGUCCAAUGAUUCGGAUAGACGAACGCGAGAGGAUGUCAUCCUAUCUGCUUCUGUUCCAAUGGACGUACCUCGCAUGCGACGAGUAGGCGAGCAGCCGGCUAUGGCCGAUCACGACUUUGAAGGUGCGAUGGCUCGCUCCGUGGAUCCAGGGCCAGCUCUCGAACUCAUGGUGGCCGAACGUCAAGCAAACCGGCGUUUGACUCGGGAGGAUGAAGAGGAUAGCGACCAGGAUCUUGAUAGCGACCGACGGGGACUUGCCCGGAGAAGCAGAAGGGACGAGGAAGAGGACGAGGAGGGUGAUGCAGAAGCGAAAAAGUUGAUGCAGGAGAUGAUUGAAGGACGAGGAAGCUUACAUGCUCAGCGGAUCCUUAGCCACACUGAUCGCGGUAUCUCAUUUCAAUUUUCUACCAACCUCCGUCAUGGACGGAUGUCUGCUCGAAAGGCUCUUGCGAUAAUUGCUGGCGCUGGACCAGGGACUGGGGCAAGCCUUGCACGCAGCUUUGCAUCCAAGGGAUACUGUGUCGCAUUGCUUGCACGCUCUCCGGACCCUCUGACGCGACUUCAAAACGAGAUCACCGCGUCCUAUGGCGAUCAGAGUGCACGGGCGUUCCCAACGGACCUUUCAUCCUCGACUGCACUCCAUGAGACGUUUAAUUCCAUUCGCUCAGUGUUUCCCGACUCCCCUAUUCGCGUAGCAAUCUACAAUGCCAACACCAAAUGGACGGUCAAGCCCUUUCUCGAGCUUCAGGAGGAAGAGUAUUUAGGUGUGGUUGACGCGCAUAUCCGCGGUGCUUUCGGGUUCGCAAAACAUGCUGUGCAGGAGAUGCUGAAAAACGAUGCCGAGGGAGAGGGAAUGGGUCAGAAGGGCACGCUCAUCUUUACGGGAGCAACCGCUGCUACCAGAGGCAGCGCCAAAUUUGCAGCAUUAGCAAGUGCAAGCUUUGCUGUCCGAGCAUUCAGCCAAUCUCUAGCUCGCGAGUUACAGCCGCAGGGAAUCCAUGUUGCCCAUGUCGUUGUUGACGGAGUGAUUGAUACUGAACGGGCCCGGUCUAUUGUGGGAGGAAAUAGCAGUGCCGCGACCGGAGAGAGACUGGAUCCCAAUGAGAUAGCCAAGGCAGGUUCAAUAGCACCCAGGGGGAAACUCUGA